UUCAGCGUGCAGUGCAGUGCUAGUGCAGUGGUUGUUGCAUGCACGUACGGCACGGAUCACUUGACAAGCAGCAUUCUCGCCGUCUGGUAUUUCUGCUGAUAAGUUCCUGCCGAAUUCUCAAGUCGUAAACUUGUUGCUGUUCUUCACUCUUCAACAGAUUUUUUAAUUCCGAGACUUGCUCUCUAAAGCAUCAAGAUGAGCGGAAUGGUCAAAGCCAAGAAGUACGACUGGAAGGAUUCGAACCUGGCCCUCUUCGGCUCGGAUACAGAGAAGUCGGUCAAGAAGGCUUCGGCUGAGACGGAGGCUGCCUGGAAAGGAGCUGGCGAGAAAGUUGGCAUGCAGAUUUGGCGCAUUGUGAAGUUCAAGGUGAAAGCUUGGCCUAAGGAGGAUUACGGAAAGUUCUACAAUGGAGACUCCUACAUCCUUCUCAACACCUACAAGGAAGAAGACAGUGAAGAACUUAACUAUGAUGUUCACUUCUGGAUUGGUCAGUACUCCACCCAGGAUGAAUAUGGAACGGCCGCUUACAAGACCGUCGAGUUGGACACGCUUCUUGACGAUAAGCCGAUUCAGCACCGUGAGGUCAUGGAUCACGAGUCAGACCUGUUCAAGAGCUACUUCCCCAGCUUGAGCCUAUUGGAGGGAGGUGCGGACACCGGUUUCCGCAAAGUCAAGCCGACAGAGUACCAACCACGUCUGCUCCAUUUCCACGGGACGAGGAAGAACAUUCAAGUGAAAGAAGUGGCUCUGUCCAGGCAGUCCCUUGAUUCCUCUGACGUCUUUAUCCUGGAUCUGGGAUUGGAAAUUUUCCAGUGGAAUGGCAGUUCUGCUAACAAGGAUGAGAAAUUCAAGGCAGUUCAGUACCUGCAGGCAUUGAAGUCCGAGCGUAGCGGGAAGCCCCAGGUGGAAUCGCUGGAUGAGAGCGGCAUUUCGACCAACCAUCGUUUCUACGAAAAGCUGCCCGACAAGCCAGUCGAGAAAGAGGAGGAGACAGACUCAAGCUUCCCACCUUCCAUCUUCCGCGUGUCCGACGAGACUGGCUCCUUGGAGACAACCCUUGUGUCUGAGGGCAAGCUGGCCAGAAGCUUCUUGGAAUCCAAGGAUGUGUUCUUGGUGGAUACUGGAAAGGAACUGUUCGUUUGGGUAGGCAAGGGAGCCAGUCCGGAUGAGAAGAAGAACGGCCUGCCCUAUGCCCACAGUUAUUUGAUGAAGACCAAACACCCACUCAUCCCCAUCACCGUUUAUGGCGAGGGCAAGGAGGCCGCUGCAUUUAACCAACUCAUGCAAUAAGGUGGGCAGGACUCGUCAUUCCCGUCUUCAAGACUUCUUGGACUUGAAACAAUUUGCAAGCGGGGAAUAAAUGUUUUUUACUCGAUAGGUGCAGCAGUAAUUUUAGAAGUAUGUGUAAAGAAGUGUUUUAAAACGUGCAUGUGUUAGGUAGAUUAUGUAGUGGUCAUAUCUCAUGUCGGUGCAAGCAUAGGCUUUGACAACUAAACAGUAAAUUGUGUUGUCCCUUUUUUGUACUGUGAUAUCAUUUUCGCUUUUAUUUUCCUAAAAAUGUUGAAAUUGCUUUCAGUGGUGUUAAGGAUGCAUGUCCCAUCUCUUCAAACAAAAUUUUUUUCAUCAUAAUGAAAUUUCAAUUUGUAUGUUUGGACUCGAAGAAGAAAACUAUUUUUUUACCUUCGAUUUAUGGCAUCUGCACUCCCUCUGAAAAAGGGCUUUCAUUAAAGUGCACCAACGAACCCACCCAGCGAGAGCCGAAUUUUAUUUUAGGCCGCAAACAUUUUAAAUUUUGUAAAGAAAUAAUUCAGUCACUAGUGAAUCAUUUUUAUGAAUAACUUUUAUAUCACCAAGAAAAUAGCAAUUGAAAAACAAAUCUAUUUUCCCGGGUGAAAUUCCAAAAUAUCACGGGAAUUGCAUCUUUGAAUUAUACUUCCUAUUAAUGUCAAAAAUAAAAAUAACUUCUUCUCAUAAGGCUUGAGAUAAGAGCCAGGGUAGAUACAUUUCAUAUGCCGUAUUGUUUAUGCCACAUUUGUAUGCAGCCUUAGAUCUAGAUCACAGAUUGAGUAAAAGAGAAAAAAAUAAUGAUUUAUUACCCAAACAUUUUUCUAAUUGAAAGUGCAGAAACAAGGUAUUGGCUUUAUUUUUACAAAUAUUUUGCUGAGAAUUUAUACUUGGAAUUUAUUCCAACUGGUUGGUCGUCUACAGUAGUCGUUUGAUACAUUCAUAAACUUAGCAUUCCAUUUUUUCUGUUUCUCUAUAGUAUUUUGUUUACAUUUAAGAUAACAAGAACAAACAAAGCAUUCCUUUAUUUCGGAAAAGUAAGGACUUUUUUUUAUAUUAACAGAUAAUACAUGUACAUGCUUUUCUUCUUUUUACAGUGGUUUCCUUGUAUUUUUUAGUUUUACUUUUAGAAUUACAUAGGUGAUUGGCAGUCUAUUUUUAAUUUUUAAUAAAAUCAGAUUUUAUCUAUAUUUUUUUAAUCAAGAUCGAGUAUUAAGUGAAACAGAGAUAAACCAUUGAUCAACAGUCAUUCAACCAAUCAGGAAGUGCCUCUCUGUUCAUGAAUAUUUAAUAAUUAUGCAAAUUUGUAGAUUUAUAGUAAUGAACACGUGUAAUUUUCAUCAUAUCAUCACAAGUUAGUUUUCUAACGUCCCAGCCAAAGCUGGCAAAUGGCAACUUAAAAGCAAGUGUUUGAUCAUGUUUGUAAAAAAAAAAAAACAAUUACUAAAAAGCAGAAAGCAAGACUUUGACAAAUACGUAGAACAAAUUGCAUAUGAAAAUGUCUCAUUGUUUUUAUUUUCAUGACGCUUAUCUGUACUUGGAUUAAAAAAACAAAUCCUUAAAAGAACUAAUUUUUUAAGUCAUUUUAAAAAUUGAAUUAAGCAAGACUAAUUUGUGCAAAGAAUACAAGCAAUUACAUAUAUGAGCUGUUUUUUUUUUCCUCGCGCAAUGAAUUUAUCUCACGAGUAAUGAAUUUAUAUGUAUUUGUUUGGUGAUUUAAAAUAUUUCUCCUAGCAUUAUUUUGAUUAACAAUAAACAGGUGAAGGCAUAUUGCA